AGCCAGGCCAGGCAGGCUCCAUCGUUUUUCAUCACCAAAAAAACUGGAACAACUAACCAAGCACAACCUUCGGUCUUGUAAAACCUCUUUUCGAUGUGGUUAAGUCAUUGCAAAAACAUAAAGGAACAACACUACAAGCGCGGUCUCUUCAACAGCAAGAGUCCAUCUCCCGUCUCUGUUCUUGCACAUACCUCUAGUAUAUCAGAGUGAUAACAAAUUGACGGUUCUGGAACCAAGCGACCCACCGAUACGAUCCACUAUUCUACUUAGUAACCUUCUCUUCCUUGGCAUCAUUCCUCACCAACACGCGCCUUCACCUUUCCUCGCCAAGUUGGACGACCGUCGGGCAUAUUUCUGCACUCGCACUCCUCCUCACGAACCUGGUAGAGUUCACUGGAAGAUGGAGCCACUACCCUUACCCACCAGUUUGGCUGAGGUGGAACAGUUGAUAAUAGCUCUCUAUCAGCCAAACCCCCCUGAGACCGUCUCACGCAUCCAGGAGAUUCUCCAGAGGUUGCAAAAGUCCCCCGAGGGUUGGCAACUUGCCCAGAGCUUGAUUGGAAACCCAAAUGACAACAUCAAAUUCUAUGCGGCCUUGACAAUUAUUGUAAAACUCAACAAAGACAGUGCCAACCUCAACGACGAUGAGGCAAAGGAGCUGCUCCAAAACAUCCUUGGCUGGACAAUAGCAUCGUGUGCCCAGGGUGUUGCUCCCUUUGUGAUCAAAAAGUUGUGCGUUGCUCUCGCCACAUUCUUCAUCCACUUUUCUCAGCUAUGGCCCAACUGCCUUCGGCACUUCCUUCACAGUCUCGAUAUCGGACGGGCUACCCCUAUCGAGGCAUUGGACGACGCUCUAGAGACUCCUAUCAUUGCCAACAAUCUUGAAAUCUCGAAACUCAAGGUCGCCGUCUGGUUCGCAACCUCCCUUGUUGAAGAGGUCGGGAAGACGGAUAUGAAUUCGAUCAAGUACAUCCAUGUACACGAACGUCUCGUUCGUAAUGCCUUCGACUUGGCCUCAUUGCUAGCACGCGGAUUCCUCCCAUCAGAUGACGCGUACCAGACUCAGGGGGAGUCGCUUGUCUGUUUUCAGGCCUGGAUUCUCUAUGCUCAGCGACUGUCCUCAAAUACCGAUGUUCUAGUGACACAUCUACGGGAACUUGUUGGCCCGGCUCUCAACUGCUUCGCCAUCGACGAUUUAUUCCAGCCGGCUGCCGAACUCUUCAGUGACGUGCUGAGCAAUUAUUCGGGAUUUUUCACAGAGGCACAUUAUGCGUCAUUGGCCUCUUUAUUCGACAGCGAAUGGGCGGCAGAACACUACAACAGGGUCAUUCACGGCGACCAUCAGCUUGAUGGCAUUUCAUUUGGUCUUCUCAUGCUUGCGUAUGGUGAUGCCAAGGUGUCGGAUCUCAUGUGUAGCACAGACGAGCGGUCCCAGAGGUUUCUGGCCAGGCUGGCUGGUCUUCUCGCUGCUGAUGGCUAUCUGGUGGGCGAGGAUUCGAUAUUUGUCCCUGCCCUGGAGUUCUGGGCCACGUUUGUCGAAACCAUGAUCGACAAUAUUUACUCGGAAGACGAAGCAAAAGUAAACGUCUGGCGCUCGCAUGCUGAACAACACCUCAAGAGCGUCGUGUCGAACUGCUGGAGGAAGGCACAAUGGCCCCCUGCAGAGACUUUCGCCGAAUGGGAUUCCAAUGAGCGUGUCGGCUUUACGGAUGCGAGAAAAGACAUAGCGGAUAUGCUACAAUCUAUAUUCACUCUCGAGAAUCUCACUCUGGUCUCUUUUUUCUCUGGACUUUUCCUCCAGGCCCUCUCUGUUCAGUCAUGGGCCGAAGUUGAGGCAUCGGCAUUCUGUCUUGGAUCCCUGUCCGACUGUAUCACGGAAGACCCCCAAUAUGACGUGGAGUUAAGCAAGGUCUUUGCUUCACCUUUCUUUGAUCUUCUCGGCCAGGCUCAAGGUCCGGUUCCGCUACGUCUGCGCCAGACAGGUCUUUUGCUCAUUGAGCGGUACUGUGAGUAUUUUGAGCGCCAUUCCGAGUAUCUUCCUCAUGCGCUCAACCUGCUAUUCGCGGCCGUUGGCGACCCUGUUCUUGGUGGGCCUUCUGCGAAAUCCAUCUCGACUCUCUGCUCGUCGUGUCGCUGCAUUCUCACGAGCGAAGCACCGGCCUUCAUCAUGCACUACCAAACAAUUCGUAGCAGACAGGUUCUCGACUCCCUUGCAGAGGAACGUAUCAUCCUUGCCAUUGCUUCUAUCAUCCAGGCCAUUCCGGAUUCCAAUCAGAAGCUGGCUGUCUUUGAGAACCUCUACUCGAUCAUCAAGGCAGAUUGCGAGCGUGCUGUCCAGCUCAAACAGCAGCCCAGCAUAUUGAACCUGUCUGACCCCAACUUCUUGCGCGGUGUUGAGCAACCAGGCGAUGUUCCUUCUGCCGAUGAAGUCUCUCAGCAACUCGCCGUCCGUGCUCUCCGAUCGCUGCAGAGUAUGGCUAAGGGUAUGCAGGAUGUCAAGGAGCAUGUGGUUGACAUUGACGCCGAUCCAUUCUUCGCCAACCAGGACCCGAAACUCUCUGCUAUCCAGUCCGAUAUCCUCAACGUCUUGGUCGAGAUGCAGAAGAAUUUCAACACCAGCGGAGAGAUCGUUGAGAUAAUAUGCAUCAUCUUUCGAGCAGGGUUUUCAGAGACCGAGCCGGGCCCGUUUGUAUUCCCUCCUGAAGUCGUGACAGAUUUCCUCAGUCAACAAAGAUUCGAAACGCCUAGGCUGGGCACUUUGUUGAGCACAGCAUGCUCAUUUGUCGGAAGUCUGUACAGGGGACCAAAGAAUAUGGUUCCAUCUUUACUGGCUCAGCUACUGCCUUGGGUAAUCAACAUGCUCAGUAGUCUUCCGGAACCAGAAAGCGACACAGAAGUAGCCCAAAACGGCAUUUGCUUCGUGGAUAAGAUUAUGACAAGAUACCCGGAGGUGGUGUUUCAGAUUCAGCCGUCACAGAUGCUCGAGUUCUUUUUCAUGUUCUCGCUCAAGGUCCUAAACGGGAAGGAACCUCUGCCGAAGACAGCGUCGGCGGAAUUUUGGAGUAACUUCAUUACCCUCAAGUCUGAUUCACCCGAUCUCCAAGGAACCAUCAACGCUGCCAUGGAGCACCUCGGGCCGCUUAUAUCGCAGACUCUCAUCCAAAAUAUCGGGGGCAACGCUGCAAGAAGCGAGCUAGACAAGCUAAGUGACCCUCUCAAGAAGCUUGUGACGAGCCAAGUGCGUUCAAGGCAAUGGCUCGAACAGGCGCUCUUCGACCCCAGUUUCCCCGGUCAGCAGGUAGGCAACGACGAGAAGUCAACCUUUUUGAGGAAGAUUAUUGGACUGAGAGGGGCGAGGGCCACCAACCAGGUAGUUAGAGAGUUCUGGCUGGCUUGCAGGGGUUCAAACUUUUCAUAUGCUUCCUAGGCUUGUGCAAUGGUACUUACGAGCCUAAAAACUGGAUAGAGAUCAUGAAGGAACUUUUGUAACCUUUUCUCUGUACUAAGUCGAAUGUGCUCUUUCCUAUGCGGGUUCUCUUGACAACGGCUCUUGAAAGUAUCAUUCGGACAUGGUAGGCAACGUUGUAAGCCAAAUUGGGCCCUAGUUACUAUUCCAGUCGACAACAACAUAUGGUGAAAAUAAUUCUCUCAAGAUGCUACUCAAUUU